GUGUUGCUCAUAGUGUUCCGCAUCCAACAAGUCAGUCGCUAAUAAAUAACAAUAAUAUUAUUAACUGAAAAAUAAAUUUGAAAUAAAAAAAAAACAUCAAUUCGUUUUAAUAUUUCGAUUUCAAUAUAUGUACAAGUUUGAACUUUGAGCGAUUGUUGGUAUUUUUUAUUUUUUUAUAAUAUGGUGCGGGUGGUGAGGUCGCGUCUGACUAUCGGCUCUCUUAUCUCUAAUGUACCUACAUCUAUAAUCUUAUAGACAAUAUUGCUGGUAUUUAACAAAAACAGAAAUAACAGCAGCGCACAGCAUAAGAAUUCGAUUAUCUUGCGCUACACUUAACUCAAUUUUAGUUAAAGAAUCCGCUGGAUCGGUUGAUCAUCAGCGGAAAACUGAACUUGUUUUUCUUAAUAUUUAUUUAAACAAAGUUGUAAAAGUGUUAAAUUGGGUGGUUUUUAUUGGUUGACUAUUAUGUAAAUAUAAAAACAAUAGAUAAAUUCAAUUUCAUGGGCAAUGAUGUGAAUAGUGUAAUUACAAUAAUAGACCACAAAAAUAGCAUUUCCAAAAACUCUCUUCAAUACGAACUAUACCGGAAGCAGCUCUGGAUAAACAUUAAGAUUCCUUUGAACAGUGCUAAUUUUAUAAAUAUUAUUAUUAUUUGGUGUGCAUAUUUAAAAAGUUACUUAAACGCAAAAUGCAAUUGUUAUAUAGUUGAUCUUAAUCUAUCUGAUGAUGGUGAUGGUGAAAACAUCUCAACACAAAUCAACAAUAUAAUAAAUAUUAUAAUAUAGUUGUUCUUAGCGUGCGUUCUGUAGUUCAUGCCAUAAUACCUACUCAAACGAUCUACAUUUCAACACAUAGUUAAAAUCCCGCCGUGCUUCGUCGCUAGCUGACACCGCCACCGUCACAGCUACAGCCACUGUACCGCCAACCUGCUAUAUUAUAGAGUACAUACAUAGAUAUUUGUUUUAGCUUAUUGUACAUAUGAAUAAACAAUAAGGUAACCUUUUAAACUAAACAACGACAUGUGUUUCGAUGAAAACAAUCGAAUUUAUUAACCCCCAUAUAUAGUUCAUCUCAAAGAGAAAAUAUGCCAAACUCUGGAGCUAUUGAAAAUAUUUACGACCACCGGACUCUGACUGAGUGGUCAGAGGUUGAUACGGCUAAAGAAAUUCAUUUGCCAAUUAAUAUGGUGUUCAAUGAUGGACACCGUUUGUCAAUCAUUGUUUAUAGUAUUCUGAUGGUAAUAUCGACUAUCGGAAAUACGACAGUUCUGGUUUUGUUGACAAAGCGACGUCUGAGGGGGCCAUCAAGAAUUGAUAUCAUGCUGAUGCAUUUGGCUAUCGCUGAUCUUUUGGUAACUCUUCUACUCAUGCCAUUGGAAAUUGCCUGGGCCUAUACUGUGACUUGGAAUGCGGGUGAUUUUAUGUGUCGUUUGAUGAGUUUCUUUAGGACAUUCGGACUAUAUUUAUCGAGUUUUGUUUUGGUUUGCAUAUCAAUCGAUAGAUACUACGCGGUUUUGAAACCAUUGAAUCUUUCAAGUUCGAGAGGAAAAGUUAUGCUAAGCUUUGCGUGGAUGGGUUCUAUUAUCUGUAGUGCUCCGCAAGCUAUCAUCUUUCACCUGGAAAGACAUCCACAGAUCGUCUGGUACGAGCAGUGUGUAACGUUUCAUAUUUUCAAGCACGAUGUCCACGAAAUGUGUUAUCAGAUCUUGGGAAUGUUGGCUAUGUACGGUAUUCCAUUAGUUGUGAUCCUAUUCUGUUACAUAUCUAUCUAUGUUGAGAUCUACCGGAAGAGCAAACGAUUCAUAAAAGGAACAGAUAAAUUUCGUCGAUCGAACGAUGAUGUUUUGGGACGAGCAAAGCGUCGAACACUUAAAAUGACUGUGAUAAUUGUAAUAGUGUUUAUCGUAUGUUGGACGCCUUAUUAUAUCAUGUGCAUGUGGUGGUGGUUGGAUAAGGAGUCUGCCCUUAAGGUAGAUCAAAGGAUACAGAAGGGACUGUUUUUGUUCGCAGUAACAAAUUCUUGUAUGAAUCCAUUGGUGUAUGGAGCUUUCAAUAUCCGGGGAAGAGAGCAAAGUUAUAGCAGAUCAGUGAACAAUCGUCAGACAACACUUUCGAAACGAUUCAAAGAUUCAAAUCAGUUAAGAAAUGGCAGAGGUAUUUCUUCGAAUAGUAUGACCAUAGAUGAUUCGCUGUCCACAAUUAUAGCACCACCGACGCGGCCGCUGCCACAAACAACAACGUUGGAACCUAAAUCAUCACCUGAAACAAAACUCACUGUUUGCAUAAGUUGUGGUGACUCCAUUGAACUUCCUAAUCUACAAAGCCAUAAUAAUUCAUAUCACCAAAGCACAGAUCUUCAAUAAAGCACAGUCAGCUAAAAUAUUUUAUAUGAUGUAUUUUGUGUGUUUCAGUUUUGUACAUUAUUUAGAUUAGUAAAGGAAUUUAAUUUAAUAUUUAAGUAUAGGAUUUUAAUUAUUCAACGUUAUAAUAGAAUAUAUAUGUAGAUAUAUGAAGAGAUAUAUCUAGUCUAUGAACAAAACAAUUGUACAAAUAUACUUACAUGUAUAUGUUCCUUUUAAAUUCUGAUCUGUAGGGCAAUUAUUUAAUGUUUGUAAUAUUUGCUCAAAUCUGUAGUUUAUGUUUUCAGCUCAGGGAACAUUAAUAUGUCCUGUACAUCCACAAAAAGUAUGAUUUUAAAUAAUUAUCUACGACUGCUAGCCAACAGCGAGCUGACUUAGUAUAUCCUAUUUUAGUAUAAAAUCUUUGUUUUAGCUUUACCAUAGUAUAAGUAUAAAAAAUACAUUUAAACAUUUAAAUUGUUUCCAAAGUUUUAAAAAUUUAACAAAAAAAUGUUUUUAUAUAAUUUACAUCGAUAAUUUUUCAGACAACGAAUAAUUAAACCUCAAGUUAUAAAUAUUUAAUAUUAAAUUUGGUAUUUUCUUUAUUAAAUAUUUUAAUCACGCCUUUAGUAUGAAUUUUGUAUGGAUAAUAAAUGUUUGUCCACUAUGCUUCCGUUGUUUUAAGUGCAAACAUUCCAAAACCUAUUAAAUUAUAAAAAAACGUGAAAUGUAUGCUAGGUCACUCAUCUUAAGAUGAUGUCUCUCUUAAUGUAUACAUCUAUCAAAUAUUAUACAUAAUCCCCAAUAAAAUAUUACCAUUAUAUUUGUUAUAGGCAUAUUUUAAGGUGUAUUUAUUUAUUUAAAUUACUUUCGAUGUAAGAGAUUAAUGCAAAUUGUUAUUAAUGAUGAAAAGAAUGUUUUUUAUUUUUACUAAACAACAAUUCUUUGAAAUUUGUUAAAUUUAACUCAGAUAUAUAAAAUGAGUGAAAGGCAUCAUCUUAAUAAAAGGUGAAAGAAGUGUUAAAUCGUGGAAGAGAUUUUACAGAAUCAAGUCAUAUUUCAAUAGUUAGGGUAUCAGUAAUCGGUAGUUGUUGAAAAAAGUUUAACUUUUAAUAUACUAUACUAUUUUGCUUUUAUACAUUUUUGUUGUUAUUUUAUCUGCAUUAGGGAAACUGUGGCGUAUGUGAAAUGUUCUUUGCUGUGAAUAUAGUUAAUUAAGUUUAUUUAUUUUAUCAAUGUU